AUGAACGUCUCCUCCAUCCUGCCUUUCACUCCUCCCAUCGUUAAGCGGCUGCUGGGCUGGAAGAAAGGGGAGCAGAACGGGCAAGAGGAGAAAUGGUGCGAGAAGGCGGUGAAGAGCCUGGUGAAGAAGCUGAAGAAGACGGGGCAGCUGGACGAGCUGGAGAAGGCGAUCACCACGCAGAACAUCAACACCAAGUGCAUCACCAUCCCCAGGUCCCUGGAUGGCCGGCUGCAGGUGUCUCACCGAAAGGGGCUUCCCCAUGUGAUCUACUGCCGGCUCUGGCGGUGGCCGGACCUUCAUAGCCACCAUGAGCUGCGGGCCAUGGAGAUGUGCGAGUACGCCUUCAACAUGAAGAAGGAUGAAGUUUGUGUGAAUCCUUACCAUUACCAAAGAGUGGAGACCCCAGUGUUACCUCCAGUGCUGGUGCCUCGGCACACGGAGAUCCCAGCCGAGUUCCCGCCGUUGGACGACUACAGUCACUCUAUCCCAGAGAACACUAACUUCCCAGCAGGCAUCGAGCCACAGAGCAACUACAUUCCAGAAACACCUCCUCCAGGCUAUUUGAGUGAGGAUGGAGAAACUAGUGACCACCAGAUGAACCCCAGCAUGGAUGCAGGUUCUCCAAACUUAUCACCAAACCCUAUGUCUCCAGCACACAAUAAUCUGGACCUGCAGCCUGUCACCUACUGCGAGCCAGCCUUCUGGUGCUCCAUAUCCUACUACGAGCUCAACCAGCGAGUGGGAGAGACUUUCCACGCCUCUCAGCCCUCCAUGACCGUGGAUGGCUUCACUGACCCCUCUAAUUCAGAACGUUUCUGCCUUGGUUUACUGUCCAACGUCAACAGAAACGCGGCAGUGGAACUCACCAGACGACACAUUGGGAGAGGAGUGAGGCUGUACUACAUCGGGGGCGAGGUGUUUGCCGAGUGCCUCAGCGACAGCGCCAUUUUCGUCCAGUCUCCCAACUGCAACCAGCGCUACGGCUGGCACCCAGCAACUGUCUGCAAGAUCCCCCCAGGAUGUAACUUGAAGAUCUUUAACAACCAGGAAUUCGCUGCUCUCCUGGCUCAGUCUGUGAACCAGGGCUUUGAAGCUGUCUAUCAGCUGACCAGGAUGUGCACCAUUCGGAUGAGCUUUGUCAAGGGAUGGGGAGCAGAAUACAGGCGUCAGACUGUGACCAGCACUCCCUGCUGGAUCGAACUGCACCUCAACGGCCCCUUGCAGUGGCUGGACAAGGUCCUCACACAGAUGGGCUCCCCCAGUAUUCGUUGCUCCAGUGUCUCCUAA